UAAAACUUGAAUUUUAAAACGAGCCUGCUUAUCAUUUCUAUCGUAUCGUAUCUUUACUUUUCCGUGUAAGACUGAAGUGAAUGCCUACCACAAAGUAAAGUUCAAGUUGUACUUAAAUAUAUUGAGUACAUUUCAUAAUAUCUGGAGAGUCAGUUAGUAUGUGGUCUCGUCAACAAACUCUAGCUGAGUUCCGUUUGUUUACCUGUCUAACUGAAGAUGAAAAUGCAGAUGUCACAUUAGUGCGUGCUUAUGUAACAAGAAGUAUUUUAAGUGAACAAAACUACCAAGAGGAGUUUUAUCCAGAAGGUGAAUUAGACACCCCUGAGGAUGUAGUUUCAACAAUUUCAAGCCUUGAAGAAGAGGUUACAGACUCUGAAAUAUCCAUCUCGACCCAACAGUCAAGUGUCAACCAAGAGUCUCUAGAGAACAAUUUAAAAACUGACCAGAGCAAGUUAUCCAAACGGCUCUCCACGUUAGGAUUGAAGCAUUUUGAUUUGAGCUCGUCUGAUUCUGAGGACUCUGAGUGCAACAGCAGUGGGGCUGUAGGCGGGGAGGGUAAUGAUUCUCAGUGCAAAGAGGAAAGGUUGAAAAGAUAUUUGGAAGGUGCAGCUGCCCUAGCAGAGAUCACAGAGGAUACUGAGAAUUUGAGUAUUGGGAAUAGCAAGGAGGAAGAGGAGAGCUCCAGUUGGGAUGGUGAGAGCAGUGGACAGUUAAUGCAGUCUAUGGGAUUACCGUUAAAUUUUGGUUCACAAAAUAGAAAUCGUUCAAAGAAGAUAAUGUUGACAGAGAAAGAAAUUCGUAAUAGAUUCCUCUCUCUGUGGGAAGAAAGUGGUGAGCUGUUGGUUUACAAGUCUUUUGUCUCAAUGUACCCGGACUAUGCCAUGUAUUACGAUCAAAUCACAGGAUCCAUUCCCCCGGGGGUGGAGGUUGAGGUGACAGACAGUGGGGAGAGUAAUGUCAGAGGUGCUGGUGAUGGUAGUGAUGCUGCGGCUGGUGUACCAGAUACAACACAGAGUCGCAGUUCGAAUGAUGGGACUCAGGGGAAGGAAAAUGGGUUGAACAGUGUCGCGGAUAGUUUCCGGGCUGAUUUAGGUGAAAGGGUGAUAGUGGGGGAAGAGAGUGAAUCUAAACAGACUGUGGGUCCGGCGCUAAAUGGUGUCACAGAAGCUGGUGAUGCUUCGUCACACAAGACAGAUCAGCUGACAUUGCAGUCAGUUUCUCAGCAUAACAACCAUAAUGGGAAUGAUCAUGGGUAUGUUCAUACAUCCGGUGAAGACUCCGAGGGCUCCGGUCAAAGUGAUGAUGACACCAGUCAACAUUACAACGUACAAGAUGGAAGCUUCGCCACGGACGACAACGAUGUAGCAGACGGAGCUGGGUAUUACAGCCAUGAUGAUCUGAUUCAAAUGCUGAAGGGUACUCAUGAAGAUCUGAAGAACCAGAUCUACUGGCAUGUGAAAGAGAAGGUUGGUGACUGGCUCAGGGAAAACCCAGACAAGCCCUUUGAGAUGUCCUCCCUUGACGAGGAUUUGUUUUCAAUGGCUAACCCUUACAUGGAGACCCCUGAGAUAAUUGUAGAUGGGGGUGAGGAGGCAGAGCAAGAGGAAUUAAACAGCUUCAGUAAUGACGAGGAUCUGCAGGACAAAGGUAUGGACAACAAGAAAAGUAUUCCUGAGACGCUGGAGUUGCUGGGUUUAGCUGUGAUGAAGGAUGUUGAGCAGCGGGAACACAGAAAGAGAAAAAUAGUGCAUGGCACUGUCAUCUAUAAAAGAAGAAACAUUGUGAAAGAAGCGAAACGUCUCCAUUUGGAUUUUGGAAGAACUCCCAACCUAAGAGAAGAAGAUGAUGAAACUCCUAUCCCUAAAGCAAAACACAUAGUAUUUGAUGAUGACGGUAACCCACAGGAACUAGAGUCAGAACGAUCUGGUCUGAAGAUUGCUGUUUCAGAGGCUACCUGCAGUUUCUUUGAUGAGUAUGAAGAUGGAGAGCAAAGCCAGGAAGAGGCUUCCUUGUGUCUGGUACAAGACACCAUUGAACCUGAUUCAUCAAGCAACACACCAGAGAGGAGGAAGAGAAAUAAGAAAAAGAGCAGAAAGAGGCCUUCUGUUCCCAUUCCUGAGGAGAUCGCCAAUGAUCCGGUGUUGAGGAAGUAUUGGUACCAGAGAUACAGGCUGUUCAGAAAAUUUGAUGAUGGGAUAAAACUUGAUAGAGAGAGCUGGUUUUCUGUAACACCUGAGGUUAUAGCCGCCCACAUCGCAGAGAGGUGCAGGUGUGAUGUCAUUGUUGAUGGUUUCUGUGGGGCUGGUGGAAAUGCCAUCCAAUUUGCCUUCACCUGCAACAAAGUGAUUGCUAUAGACAUAGAUGAGUCCAAGAUAGAGAUGGCAAGAAAUAAUGCUGAGGUGUAUGGUGUUGCUGACAGGAUAGAGUUCAUUCAUGGGGACUUUUUACAGUUGGCUCCGACUCUGAAAGCUGAUGUGGUAUUUCUCAGCCCUCCGUGGGGAGGCCCUGAAUAUCUCAAUAAAGACAUCUAUGACUUGGAUGACAUGGCUGGUUUCAAUGCUUCAGAUUUGAUAAGUCUGAGCAGACAAGUUACUGACAGUAUUGCUUUUUUCCUACCAAGGAACACAGACUCUGAAAAACUAACAGCACUGGCCGGUGUGGGGAAACAGGUGGAAAUAGAACAGAACUUCCUCAACAAGAAAUUAAAAACAAUCACGGCUUACUUUGGGGACCUCAUUUUAUCUCAAGAAAACGAUUAACCCAAUGCAAUGUUGACACAUUGAUGCCGGUUCCCAGAUCUGCUUACUGAAAUCCCAUUGAACAUGAGCUAGGGUAUCAAGUCACUAUUUUUAAGCUGUUCCACAGUGUUUAAUCUGCUAAAAGCAUAAUUGUAAAAUCUUUGCUUUUUUCAUGAGCCCAUUCCAUCUAUAAAAUAAUGUGUUGAAUUCUAAUCCAUCAUUAGAUUAUUUGGCUUAGACAGCCAUUGGAUGGUUUAUUUUAUGUAAUGUUAGUGUAAAUUUUUAAAAGUGAUUUUGGUAAAAAACAAUUCCUAGCUGUUGCUUAAGCCUACUCAUUACAUCCUAAUGGCUAAAUAUUUUACUAAAUCAUAUGCUAUAUAUUAUCAUCAACUUAGCUGUAUUUCAAUAAAAUCAUGGUGGCAGUUAUUCCUUCAAUUGCUGUGAGCAACCAACUUAUUUUCUGAACAACAUAGGCCUACUAUUUCAGGUUAUUGUUUACCUUUGGCUUCCAUAACAGUUCAUUGUGCUAUCAUGUAGUCAAGUGGUUUUUAAUUUUUUUUUUAAAUGGUUGCUUGCCACAUGUAUUGGUAGGCCAGUUUGGACUGACAGUUCAAAAUAUUUUUG